AUGAUUGCGAUGAAUAGUAUGAGCGAGAAACAGUGUACCAGAGAACUCGGGAGGAUUCUAGAGUCUUCUUCCAAAGUCGCCGUUCUGCUUAGGGCAAUUCAAUUGCUCGACAAAACUGCCCUAAAGCGAGGAGUAACCUGUAGGCCAUGUAAAGCUACCCUUCAAGAGAAUCGAGUGGGAUAUUAUGACUUUCAAUACAAGAGGGUGGUUCUAUGCUGCGAGAAUAUCCACACCCGGGCGGAUGUCGAAGAAACGCUUAUUCAUGAACUUGUACAUGCAUUCGACAGGGCUCGAAAGGGGAAGUUUAGUAGUAUGUGCCACUUAAUGGCGUGUGGAGAGGUCCGGGCAUCAGCGCUUGGCCAGUGUGCUGACGUUACGCCCGAGAGUCGUAAAAAGGAAUGUAUUCUACGAGAUGCGAUUCGCUCGACUCGAGAACACUGCGGUGAUGAAGCUGAAAGGAUUGUUAGACAGGUGUAUAAUAAGUGUGUUAAAGAUGUAGCUCCAUUUGUUGUGGGUGUACCUGCCUGA